AGCAGUAAGCACAUUAUGAAAUCAGGCCCUCAGGUAAACAAGAAUCCUGAGAAAUCUAAAUAUGAAACACAGCCUAGACAGAGCAGUUUAGUCAAUAAAGGUUCUCUCAGCAAGUUAGGAAGAAAUGCUAAAGAGAAAGAUGAGGAAACUACUAAGAAACAAGAGAUUCGGCUCAAUCUUUCGUCAUUGGAUAGAACAUUAGCUCAUGUUCAUAAUCAGAUUAGAAAGAAGUCUCUUAAAGGAGGAACAAGGCUAAGCCAAAAUUUCAACUCACCUCAUGAACCAGCAAGUGCUUGCUCUAAAGAUGAAAAUAACACACAAUCAAUGAUUCAUUCUAGUAGAAGAAGCUUCAGCCCUCCUCAAUUUAAUUUUGCAGUAUUAAAAUCUAUCGAUGCUCCUGUAUCGAGAUCGCUGUACCAAAAAGUAUCACAUGGAGCUAGCUCUAUUGUGUGCUCUAAAGCGAAGCUUCUUCCAAAUGACAGCCAAAACUCUGUGAAUACCACUAAAGAUCAACCGAAAGCUCUUGAGAGAUAUUUCAAGCACAACCCUAACAAUUUCAGUCAAAAGGAAGGCCAAGCUAUUAAGAAUCUCAGCCAAGUUAAUAAAUCCAAGGCAAAGAGAGGUUCCAAGCUACAGAGCAAAUAUAAUACAAAUCCAGUGGAAAAUGCCCAACCCGCUCCUGUGAGUAAGAACAAAAAGCAAAUGUUCAAAGUUUCAAAACAGAAGUACCUUAAUAAGUGUAUCAGAAGUAGACUUCGCCCAAAGACGAAGUAUGAUAAAAAGAACUCUCAACCCCAUGAAGAAGUUAUAGACUGUUAUAAUGGGAAAGAGAUGAGCACUAAGUAUUCAAAAACAAAAUUGGUCAGGACUAACAAAGCUCAACGAAAUCUGAACCAUUCUAAAGAGUUUGGCCAUAACGAAGGAUCCGUUGGGAAUAUCCUAUCUCCUAUUAGAACUAGUGCUGUAAAAUAUACUCAAGAUAGCAGUGUUGAGAGCUUAAAUACUGGUGUUAAGAAUCGAUCUCAAACUUUAAACCAGAGCAACAUCCCUGUCCGGAGUUAUAAACUUGAUGAGAAAGCAAAGCGUGGAGGUCAUAAUUUGAGAAAUAGUGGAAGCUUGGAAAUUGCUUCUCCUUCUUGCCAAAAGAUUUCUAAUGUUGCUGAGAGAUACAGGACUAACUCAAAGCACAAUUCGAAGCCUAUUCUGAGUGCGAAGAAAAAGUGAUAUAAUAAUGUCAAAGUAGACCUUUUUGAUAAAAAAAUUUCUAAGACUGACAGAAAAAUGAAUUUUCUAAGCAAAAGUACUGAAUUUUCUGGAAGGAUUAUGACCAAAAAUUUUGAUAGCCAGCUUCCAAUAGAUCUUUCUCAGAAUCUAAACUUGUUAGAAGAGUAUAUCGAUGCAAGUGAAAAUUCGCCGUUCAGGACCUGGAAUAAAUUCCAACUCGCCACAAACUCUCCAAAGAAAGAUCUUCAAACCAAUCCAAACCUCCAUACCAGCAUUUCCGACCGCAAAUUGUUUACUAAAAAUAUCCGCUAUUCAAUCCCUACUAUCCCAAAUUCACAUCUGCAAAAACCCCAAAUAACUCCUCUCAGCUCUAAACACACUGCUCAUCUCAGCCCUGAGCCUGGCCAAAACAGUCUCUCCAAAGCUCUGAUCUCUCCUGGCAUGACUCCUUCACUCCAAUCCUUCCCUUUAACUCAUCAAAACUCUACCAAAAUCCCAAAACUACGCACACAGAAAUAUCCCAAGACUAGAAGAAAGUAA